AUGUCACCGUGGGUGGCUCACCUGGCAGUCUUGCAACUCUCCAUCGCCUGCUGCUGGGCUUUUAGCUGCCACAAGACGUGGUUCUCCCCUGACUUCAGCCUCCCAGGGGAUUUCCUCCUUGCAGGCCUAUUCCCUCUCCAUACUGACUGUCUGCAGGUGAGACGCAGACCCCAGGUGACCCUGUGUGACAGGCCUGAUAGCUUCAAUGGCCAUGGCUACCACCUCUUCCAGGCCAUGAGGUUUGGUAUUGAGGAGAUAAACAACUCCACAGCCCUGCUGCCCAAUGUCACCCUGGGGUAUGAGCUGUAUGAUGUGUGCUCGGAGUCAGCCAACUUUUAUGCCACAUUGAACAUGCUCUGCCUGCCGGGGACAUACCACAUGGAGAUCCAAGAAAACCUUUCCCACUACUCCCCCAAGGUGAUGGCACUCAUCGGGCCCGACAACACCAACAACGCUGUCACCACUGCUGCCAUGCUGAGUCCCUUCCUGGUGCCCCUGAUCAGCUAUGAGGCCAGCAGCACGGUGCUCAGCUCGAAGUGGCAGUACCCCUCUUUUCUGCGUACCAUCCCCAGUGACAAGUACCAAGUGGAGAUUAUAGUGCUGCUGCUACAGAAGUUCGGGUGGGUCUGGAUCUCUCUGGUUGGCAGCUACGGUGACUACGGGCAGGGGGGAGUACAGGCACUGGAGGACCUGGCCACAAAGCGGGGCAUCUGCAUUGCCUUCAAAGGCAUCAUGUCUUCCUCUGCCCAAGAGGGCGACAAGGAGAUGUGGAGCAUGAUGCGCCACCUGGCCCUAGCCAGGACAACCGUGGUGGUGGUUUUCUCCAGCCGGCCGCUAGCCAGGGUGUUCUUCAAGUCCGUGGUGCUGGCCAAACUGACUGGAAAGGUGUGGAUCGCCUCAGAAGACUGGGCCAUCUCCACACAUAUCACCAACGUGCCUGGGAUCCAGGGCAUUGGGACAGUGCUGGGCGUGGCCAUACAGCAGAGGCUUAUCCCUGGCUUGAAGGAGUUUGAGGAGGCCUAUGCCCGUGCCGACAAGGGAGCCCCCAGGUCCUGUUCUAAGGGCUCCUGGUGCAGCACAAAUCAGCUCUGCAGAGAGUGCCAAACUUUCACAGAAUACACGAUGCCCAAGCUUGGGGCCUUCUCCAUGAGUUCUGCCUACAACGUGUACCGGGCAGUGUAUGCGGCAGCCCACGGCCUCCACCAGCUCCUAGGUUGUGCCUCUGGAACCUGUUCCAGGGGCCAAGUCUACCCCUGGCAGCUUUUGGAGCAGAUCUAUAAGGUGAAUUUCCUUUUACAUGAGGACACUGUGACAUUUGAUGACAAUGGGGAUCCUCUCAGUGGCUAUAACAUCAUUGCUUGGGAUUGGAUUGGGUCCAAGUGGACCUUCAGAGUCAUUGGCUCCUUCACAUGGUCUCCAGUUCGGCUGGACAUAAAUAAGACCAAUAUCCAGUGGCACGGAAAGAACAAUCAGGUUCCCGCAUCUGUGUGUACCAGAGACUGUGUUGAAGGGCACCAUCGGGUGGUCUUGGGUUUCCACCACUGUUGCUUUGAGUGUGUGCCCUGUGAGGCUGGGACCUUCCUCAACAAGAGUGACCUCUAUGGAUGCCAGCUUUGUGGGAAAGAAGAGUGGGCACCUGAGGGAAGCCAGACCUGCUUCCCACGCACAGUGGUGGUUUUGACUUGGCAGGAACCCAUCUCUUGGGUGCUGCUAGCAGCUAAUACAUUGCUGCUGCUGCUGCUGGUUGGGACUGCUGGCCUGUUUGCCUGGCACCUAGAUACCCCUGUGGUGAGGUCGGCUGGAGGUAGGCUAUGCUUCCUCAUGCUGGGCUCCCUGGCAGGAGGUAGCUGCAGCGUCUAUGGCUUCUUUGGGGAACCCACGCUGCCCGCGUGCUUGCUGCGCCAGGCACUCUUUUCCCUGGGGUUUGCCAUCUUCCUAUCCUGCCUGACAGUUCGCUCCUUCCAACUGAUCAUUAUCUUCAAGUUUUCCACCAAGGUGCCCAGGUUCUACCGUGCUUGGGUCCAAUGUCAUGGUGCUGGCCUGUUUGUGAUGAUCAGCUCAAUGGCCCAGCUGCUCAUCUGUCUAAUCUGGCUUGUAGUGUGGACGCCACUGCCCACAAGGGAAUAUCAACGCUUUCCUCAGCUGGUGGUGCUUGAGUGCACAGAGAGCAACUCACUGGGCUUCCUGCUGGCUUUCACCUAUAAUGGCCUCCUCUCGGUCAGUGCUUUUGCCUGCAGCUAUCUGGGCAAGGACUUGCCAGAAAACUACAACGAGGCCAAAUGUGUCACCUUCAGCCAACUCCUUAACUUUGUAUCCUGGAUUACUUUUUUCACCGUGGCCAGCGUCUACCAGGGCAAGUACCUGCUCGUGGUCAAUGUGCUGGCCUUUCUGACCUGCCUGAGCAGCGGAUUCAGUGGUUACUUCCUCCCCAAGUGCUACGUGAUCCUCUUUCGCCCAGACCUCAAUAACACAGAGCACUUUCAGGCCUCCAUCCAGGACUAUACUAGGCGUUGCAGCCCCUCCUGA